AUGUUUGAAUUAACUUCUUACUAUUCGCCAAACCUUCUCUUCUUUGGCCUGUUCGCUUCGGCGCUGGCCAUGGGCUUAUCGCUUCUGUCGAAAUUCCUUAGUCAGAAGUCGAUAGACUCGACAGAAUCAUCAAAGCCAUCGCCCGUCAGAGCCCUGCCGGCAUCAUGGUAUACAUCUCAGGACAUGUACGAGCUCGAGAGGCGCGCCAUUUUCUCCAAGCGGUGGCUCCUCACUACUCACAGCCUCCGAGUUCCCAACAAGGGUGACUGGAUCCGAUACGAGAUUGCCAAUUUCCAGUUCAUCAUCUCCAGAGAUCGCACCGGCACCAUCAAUGCCUUUCACAACAUUUGCAGACACCGUGCCUUCCCGGUCGUCACUGAGCCAAAGGGCAACAACAGCAUUCUCGCCUGCAAAUAUCACAACUGGACCUAUGGCAUGAACGGAAAGCUCACCAAGGCCCCCGGCUACCAGGAGCUGCAGGGUUUUGACAAGAGCAAGAACGGUCUCUUCCCCAUCCACGUCCACAUUGACACCAACGGCUUUGUCUGGGUCAACCUCGAUGCCUCUGAGAAGCCCACGCCAUGGAACGAGCACUUUGCUGGCAUCGACACACAGGAUCGCUUCAAGGCUUACAACUGGGACGAUUACGAGUUUGACCACACCUGGGAGAUGGAGGGCGAGUACAACUGGAAGAUUCUGGCCGAUAACUACAAUGAGUGCUAUCACUGCCCGACCACUCACCCCGAUAUUCCUCAAAUCGCUGAUCUCGAGGCAUAUGGCGUCGUCACUGAGAAGGGAUAUGUCCAGCACCUCGGUCGUCCUACCCCAGAACAGAUUGCCAAGGGUUUCAAUGUUGCCGCCACUUACUACUUUCCCAACGCAUCCAUGAACGUAUCACCUCACUUCUUCUUCAUGCAACGCUUCGUGCCCAAGGGCCCCAACAAGUCCAUCAUGAGCUACGAGGUGUACCGCAACAAGGGCUCGAGCGACGCCGACUUUUCCGUCAUCAACGACAUUUACAAGCGCAUCAUGUCCGAGGACAAGUACCUGUGCGCCAACGCCCAGGCCAACAUCAACGCCGGCGUCUUCGUCAAUGGCGAGAUGCACCCCCGCCUCGAGCAGGGUCCCCUCUUCUUCCAGUCCUCGGUUCGCGACGCCGUCACCAACCACCACAAGGCCGAGCGCCGCGCCGGUCGCGAGAUUUGGCCCGCGCGCCAGCAGCUCCCCGGUAAUGCCAAGGUUACUGAAAAUGAUAUCAGCUUCUGCUCCUCCAUGGAUUGCUCCAAGACCGAGGGUCUUGAUUGGUAA